CACAACCACCAUCUCCUCCAGCGACGAAGCACUUCUCUCAAUCUACCCAUCAAAUCACCGAACAGAUCCGGCCAAAAUGUCUGACGAUGAGGAGCGCGUGACCAUGCCCUUCAAGUUCGUAACAGCAGGCUUCGACGCCCGCUUCCCGAACCAGAAUCAAACCAAGCACUGUUGGCAAAACUACGUCGACUACCACAAGUGCAUCCUCGCCAAGGGUGAGGACUUCAAGCCUUGCCGCCAGUUCUACCUAGCCUAUAAAUCCCUGUGCCCGGCAUCGUGGUGCGAGCGAUGGGAUGACCAAAGAGAGAAUGGAACUUUUCCAUCCAGGUUGGAUCAAUAGACGUCAAGACUCAGAAGCGAUAGAGGACGAUUGGAUGCGAUGGACGGAUACAUCUGGCUUGCAAUGGCUUUCCAGCUCAAUCGCAGCCUUCGUGUACAUAUCACAGGCGAAUGGAGAAUGGUGAAAUGAUGCUUUCUUGC